UCGACAAAUUCUAUGACGAACAACCCUGCAUUGUUACGUAGUGGUGUUGGUCAAAUGAAGCAACUGCAGGGAGCGAAGAUGGUUAACCAAACGGGAUCAUCGUCAUCUGGCUCGGCCACGGUAUAAAAAUCGCAAACCUUCGAUACUCUCAGUUCCAAUUGCACGACGUGAAAAUAUCGGUAUCGAGUAAAGUGUCUAAUGGACGUUUAACGAACAUUAGAAUGGACGAAAUGAAUUUUAACAAGAUAUGUCUCCAGAGUUCGACAGUAGGUGGUAGAUUUUUGCCAUGAGAAACUGGUAACUGGAUAACAGAGACAGUGGGUAUUUGCUUUUCUUAUUUCUCGCUCGUCACUCCUAUUACAAAGGAUCACGCUGAAAGCGAGAAUUGUUCGAGCUAGAAGAGGAUCGAUCGACGCGGUUCUCCAAACGACCGAUCGUUUGAACCGGUCUCAGCAACUCUUCCUGGAAUAUAUCCAGGCCAUCCUAUAAGUAAUGCGGUUUUUUGGGAGGAUGGUUAAAGGUUUGCGGACUGUGACGUUUCGAUGAGAAAAUGCCACGAUGCUGCGGCGCGUCUUUGGUAUCCGUCAUGGGCGGCGAUGGGUCUCCGCAGAGUCUCGGUUUGCAGAUUCAGGACGGCAAUCCUCGGAAUAAAACGGCCUUAGCACCUGGCCACAGUUUGAUGGACUGGAUUCGAUUGGGAAACUCUGGCGUCGAUUUAACCGGCGUUGGUGGAGUUCCACGUGUCGUAACUUUGUCCGAACUGGCCACUCACAAUAAGCAAAACGACGCUUGGAUCGCGAUUCGAGGGAUCGUUUUCAACGUGACACGUUACAUGGACUUCCAUCCAGGAGGAGUCAACGAAUUAAUGAGAGGCGUUGGAAAAGACGCCACGAAGCUUUUCGAAAACGUGCACGCUUGGGUCAACUAUCAGAGCAUCCUUCAGAAAUGCGUGGUCGGAAGGCUGAGCCGUGGCUCGGUGAGCGGUACCACGUCGUCGCCGACGGAAAACGAUGACUCGAGUACGAGCAAUUGUUCGUCGGCGACGUUGAACCUGAUAACAAGUUGCACAACUCAUGGUGUUAGCCAAGAAAACGUAUCAGACGCUAGUUUAUUGAACAUAAAAAUGGACUGGAGGCAAACAUCCAACUCGAUCACAUUGUUUUAUCAAACGAUGCGCGAUUAUCCAGGCGUGUGCUAUCAAUUAAGUAGGAUAAACGACUCGAAGUUGAUAUACAAAUUAUUUUUCGAGAAGGGCAUAAUAACGCACGAGUUGGAAUUAACAGAAGAAAUACAAUGGCCACCGGUCUGCGUCAGAAAUUUCGAAACGAUGGAGAUCAAUUUUACGUUCACGAAGCAGAGGAAAGAGUUAUGGAAAUCUCAGGGUACUCAAACUAUAUACAGGGAGACGAAUACGAAUAGUCGAACGUACAGAGAAUACGAAGUACUUACGAACAAACCGCUUUCUAAGUUAGUUCAUCUGUUAGUCGUGCGAGCAAAGGACUCCUUGCAAAUUGUACCUAUUGGCAGGCACGUAGAAGCCAAAAUGAACGUCAUGGGGAUGGAAGUAUCGCGAUUGUACACGCCUGUCCCACCGUGCCUUCAUCCGGACGACAUGGCGCCAAACUACAAGUCUGAUUGCCUGUGUUUCAUGAUCAAGAAGUACCCGAAUGGCGCUUUCAGUCCGUCCAUAACCGCUCUUCAGAUUGGCCAGACCUUCCUUUUGAGCAAUGCUUUAGGUGCCUUCAUAGUAGAAUCCUUUGAUCGCUAUUCUGUCCUUCAUAUGAUCGCUGGUGGCACCGGUUUGACAGUGAUGCUUGGCAUCGUUCAGCGAGCUUUGGCCAGACGCAGUGUAACGACCAUAAACUUACUCAACUUCAACAAGGACGAAGAUAACAUGUUUUACGUGAAGCAACUGGAAAAGGCUAGCGCAGACAAAAAAUUAAAAGUUACACAUAUCCUUUCACAAGCCGGAGACGCGUGGACAGGAAGACGCGACACGUUAUCUGAUGAUUUAUUAAAGGAACUAGUUGCAACAAGUAAUCCUGAUGCAUGCGUUUUGAUGUGCGGGCCUCAAGGAUUCGUACAGUUCGCAAAGAAGUCACUUCAAAAACUCGAUUGGAAGCCGUACCAAAUGUACGAAUUCGACGAUUAGCUGUACUCAUCGAAAGCGUACUUACUCUCUUUUGAUACCAAACGUUGGAACAUUGGCAAACGCGUGGAAACAAUUACGUGUCGUACCGUCGAAUUUUUAAAAAGAACCUUUUGGAUACUUUUAUUCCUAUUUCCGCCCACAAUCUCAGAUUCGUGCGUGUAAGUUUAUCAGGGAAUAGAGUGGCAAAUAUGUAAUAAAGAAAAAAAUGUUUGGAGAAAUAGAAUUUUUUUUUUUUUAAGUAUUUUCUAUGAAAUUUCGUUUGAUAAAAUUUUUCUAUGAAAUUUAUAUUUAAUUUUUUAUGGAAAGAUGUAAAAUUUCAUUUCGAAAAGCAGUAGAUCUUUCCAUUUUUAACGUUACUGUCCGAAUUAAUUUAGAAGGUAAUUAUAUAAAGAUUGAAUUUGUGUAUCUAUAUGGAAUAUUGCAGCAAAGUUAGUUAUGAUUUUGUUUCUUUCGUGAAAUUGUGUCUUCCGUUUCGAUAAUUCACUCGGUUUGACCGCAAUACGCAAAAGCAAACACCUGUAUAUUUGUACUUACUAUGAGUAAGUAGACGCGCAUACUUUGUACCAUAUCUACGAAUUUCGAAAAAAAAGAACAAGAAAAGAAAAAAAGAAACAAUAGGAGUAAGGGUCACGGAUGAAAGUCUUUAAAAUCUACGGGAUGAGCCAUAGAUGUAAUUCCUGUAUGGUUCGCGAGUAACAAAUUAUUUUUACAAACGUCGUCUUUUAAUCUAUCAUCCAGAGAGUUGUAUUUUGAACAAUUUAUCCGGGAACAUUAACAAGUAUUUUCAGACGCAGGUCAAUUCGAAACGAUCAUGGUGCUAUUUCUUAAAACGAACCGAAACAAACAUCUCACAACCAUAAUUUUUAAAUUCUCAAUCUGCAUUUUAUACAGAAAUAUUUUUAAUCAGAUUUUUAUUUCCACAUAAUAAACUACAGUCCGCUGUGUCUAUCGAAUUAGAAUCCCUUGCGAGAUUUGAAUAUUUUUUACUUAUUGUUAGCAAUAAAUUAAAUAGUUGACAGGCUGUCUACAAAAAGCUAUAUAUGUAUAACUUUUAUUACGCAAGAUGAUAAAUUGAGUAUAUCGUGACGAAAAUUUUAGUUCUAAAAUUUGAAUAUUAUCUACGUUUCAAUUAAUAAUUACAAUUCUUAAUAAAUCUUCUACGUAGAGUACCAUUCGCAUAUGUUUAUAGAUGUUUUCUUUAGGAAGUUGUUUAAUCGUUAUGUAUACAGGAUCGUCCACAUAUUUAGUAAUAAUUAUUUGGGCAAUCAAAAAUAAUUUGUUUAUUUAUCCUGCACAGUGUGCAUACGAUACGAUAUAUCGUUUGACGAGUGGAAUAAUUUGCGUACGUGGAUCUAAUUCGAUAGCCAGGUACUGUAAACUGAUUAAAGCAUCAUGUUGGGCCCUUUCCUUCGGAAAUAAAACACGUGCCUGACAGGGGCCUUAGAACUCUGGGUGAAAACUCUAGAAUCGUUACCAAUAAAAUGGCCUAAUCACAAGAAACGUUUUAAAAUUAACAGCAUAACGCAAAAAUACCAGAACCAUAGUUCUUCGAUUUUUCAUAAAACUGAAGAAGAAUUACGAUAAGUACAUGGAUUGGAAAGAUGUAGAAGAUGGAAGAACUUCUGCAAGUAAUUUUUACCGAUCAUGUGCUUUCAGAUUCCAGCGUGUACGAUUGUUUCAUUCGAAGUUGGCCGUGUUUGAAAGAGGAAAGUAUAGUGUCUCGUAGUUCGCUGAACGACACGGGUAGUUUUAUCGAAAACAUAUUCGAGUACGGACCAUUUUCUGCAUUUACGUACAUGUUAAAUACGCCUAUGUGUAUGUAUAUGUGUGUAUGUACAUAGUUGUUACCAGAAAUAAAUGAAUAUUUGAUGGCUCCUUG